AUGAUUGAGGAAGGUAGCGAAAAGGAGGAUAAAUCUUUUGUUAGAGUUUAUAAAAAUAAAGAUAAAAAUAAAGAAAUACAUUUUGAAACAGUUCGAAAAGAUGAAUAUAUUUGUGUAGAAAUCCCAGGAAGAAUCAAAAAGGGUUCGAAUGGAUUGUCAGCUGUGGAAAGUUUAGGAGGUUUACAUAAAAUUACAGAAGUAUUUAAUCAUCAUAAGAAUAAAUAUAAUUAUGAUGAAACUAUUGUUUUACGAAUUAAUAAUAAUGAUAUGUAUUCUUCUUUCAUAUCAGCUACCUGUACAAAAGUUAAUAAUAUAUUAAUUAAAAUAAAAAGAACAAGGAAAAAUAAUUAUAAGUUUGAAUUCCUUGGUUUUGUUAAAUACUUUUAUUAUUUUAAUAAUAUGAGCGAUUUUUAUUAUAUUCCAUCAUUCUAUAAUAGAUAUGAUUAUAAUACAAACUAUAUUCAUCUUUUACAAAAAGGAAAGACAUCUCAAAAAAAAAAAAACAUAAACACUCAACAAGAAAAUAAAGAUACAGAACAAAGAAAGAAAAAAAAGAAGAAAAAAAAAAAAAAGAAUCAGAAAAAUGAAAAUAUAAAAGAUGUAGAAAAACAAAAUGAAAAAAAUGAUCCAAAUCAAAAUUAUCAGCAAAAUAUUUGUGAUAUAAAUUUAUUAAAUAACGAUAACUUUUUUCUUUUCAAUAAUAAUAACAUAUAUAAUAGUACGAAUAAUACACAAAAUAUAAAUACGGUAAAUAUCACAAAUAUGACAAAUUAUUAUAAUUCAAACCAAGAAUUAAACAAAAUUAUAGAUAUAGAAAAACAUAACAUAAAUCAAAAUAAUUUAUAUAACAAUCUUGAUCAAAAUUCUGUGAACAAUAAUAAUAAUAUUUGUGGUAACCCAUGUGACGUGAGGAAUGAUCCAAUUUAUUAUAAUAUUUCAAUGAACAGCUCGCAAAAUAUAAUGAAUAAUAAACUCACAGAAUUGAAUGCUAACACAGGGCUUCCCGAAUUUUCACCAUAUGAACAAUUUUCUUCUUUUCCUUAUCAUAACGAAGAAAUGGAAUUAUUAUAUAAACAACUAUUGGAUAAAAAAAUAUUUAAAGACGAUGAUUUAUCAUAUGAUAAUAAUAAUAAUAAUAAUAAUAAUAAUAAUAUGGAUAGAGAAAGAAGUUAUUCCUCAGAUGAAAGUGAAGCCUUUGAAUUACAUUGUUCUAUUCAUAGUAAAUGUAUAAAUCCUUAUGAUUAUAAAAGUUAUGAGUCUCAUAUUACAAAUAAAUAUAUAAGAGAGUAUAAGCAUAUUAUAAGUAAAUUUUCUCCACCUAUUAAUUCAAAGGAGGAAAUAAAACAAGGAGAUCUGGAAUUUUUUUUAAAAGGAUUGAUACACACAACAAGUAAUGAUCUUGUGUCAAAUGUUUCGAUAAAUACAACAAAUGAUACUAAUAAUAAAAAUGACCAUGUUGGUAAUAUAAAUAAAUAUAAUCAUAAUUAUGAUUAUAAUCAUAUUAUUCCAAAUGUUAAUAAUUCAAACGAGGACCAUAACCAAAUGGAUCCAAUCACCAUUGAUGAUUUAUACAAUGAAGAAAAUAAUUUAAUGUUAAAUAAAAAAAGUAAAAAUGAAGAUAUUAAUAAUUAUAGUAAUAAAAUUAUUGUUACCAAAAAACCUGUACAUUGUAAUCCUAUAGCUAAAUAUGAUGAUGAACAUUUACCGAUCAAUCCUUUUGAAUCAGCUUUAAAAAAAUAUGUCUCAGAUGAAUUAUAUAACAGGGUUAAAUUGCUUUUUGAAAUUAGGCCAAUAUGGUGUAAAGAUGUUUUAUUAGAACAUGUUGAAAAUAUAAGUACCUAUUGUUUAAAAAGCUGUUUUUCAAAAAUCUGUUUUUAUUUUGCUGACGGUCCAUGGAGAAGAACCUAUUGUAAAUAUGGAUAUGAUCCUCGUAAAGAUCCAACAAGUUAUAUAUAUCAAACCAUCGAUUUCAGAUAUAAUCUUAGUAGAGAAAUAAAAUCAAAAGAUAUAGAAGAGAUAAAUAAAUGUAUUUCUAAGAAAAAGUUAUAUAUAGAUACUACCAUAACCAAUUUGUUAAAAAAGCGGAAAAAAAAUAAAGUAUCCAAUAUUAUGGCACAACAUAAUAAUAAAAAUAAUCCAGACAAUUUAAUGAAUGAUAAUUUUAAAAAGAGAGAAUAUGAAAUAACUUAUGAUAAAAGGAAUAAUAUAAUAAACUCACAUUAUAAUGUACAAAAUAUUAUAAAUGACGGAAAUAAUAUUAUGUAUGGGGAGACACCUAAUUCUUCAAAUGACUUCAAUAGUUAUUUAAUAAAUAAAGAAAGCCAUAAUUAUAAUAUUUAUCAAAACGAGACAUAUGAUAAAGAAGAAAAUAUUUUUUUUCAUAAGGAUGAAGAAAUUAAUGAAAUCCUUCAAUUUUUGAAAAAAUCCAAUACCAUAUCUCUUAUGGAACAUUUUCGUUCGGAAGCACAUUUUUCUGUCACACCAUUAAAACUGUCAACAAUGUAUCAAUUUAUAGAUAUAUAUGACAAUAAUGUAAUGAACUUUUUGUUAAAUCUCAAAACGCAAAAAGUUUGUUCACGAGAAAAUGGAUGGAUCGAUAGUAAAGAUCUAGCCAAAAUCAGAGACAUUUUAUCAGUCCGAUCCGUUACAUUACGAAGAGCUCAUUUUAAAUGA